UAUUUCAGUACAAAGUCAAAGCCAAUCUGGCAGAACUAUGUAGCAGACUUUGCCAACAUGCUGAAGGCUUUUAUUGGGUCAAACUACUUGACAGUGUCAUAUGCAUUUCUUCAAAGUGGUUUAGGGCUUGGGUUUGGCGGAUUGCUGUUAAUAGCUUUGUUGACUGACCACUGUUGUCACCUGAUCGUCAAAACAAAAUACCAUGCCAUCAAACAGGUAAUAGCAAUGUAUGAAGCUGGAAAGGGAACCUCCAAGAAUUCAACUGCUGUCAAGGACAGUAGUUCAGAACUAUUUUCCUCAGAUGAAGAUGAAGAAAUAGUGAUUUAUGAUUUGGAUGAAAAGACUUUAAUGGAACAACACUUGUUAAAGCACAUGUCUUAUGGAGAUAUAGGACAGAUCAGUAUGGGGAAAAUCGGCAGGAUUAUUGUUAACAUCUGCAUCGGAGUGACACAGUUCUGUUUUUGUGUUGGGUAUUCAAUAUUUUUGGGAAAUACCAUUUUCUCUUUAUUUCCUGCCAAAGUAUGCAAUAAUGCCAUUUUAAAUGUAGAUAAUGUUAGCGUUUCUUCUGAUGUGCCAUCUUGUGAGCUUCGUUACCUGGGAUUACUACCAAGUUCCAAUAUCAGACCUGCCAAAAGAUCACUUUCUGACUUACCAAAUAUUUCUUUCCCAGAAGUUCAGUUUACAGAAAAUAUAACAGUAUCUUCAUUAAUGUCAUCAGCAUUAUUGACUGGAAAUCUUACAGACCUUGUGACAACUGCCCUACCAUUAAAUAUAUCCUCCACAAUGCUAGCUCCACAUAUCAAUGCAACAUCUGCAGCCAUGUUGAACAUUACAGGAGAGGUAAUACAGUCAACAGCUCCGGACCUGAAGCUGCUUGUUUUGUCUCCUCUGCCAAUCUUCCUGUUGUUUGCACUCUUUAGAAAUGUUAGAAAGCUGGGCUUUAUUAGUGUAAUGGCCAAUGUUUCCAUAUUAGUAGGCAGUGCCUCUGUGUUCCUAUAUUUAGUGAUUGAUUUCCACAUCCAUGAGACAAUAGUGUGGAUGAGAUGGGAGGGGCUUCCUGUUUUCUUUGGAAUGGUGACUGCUGCAUUUGAAGGGAUUGGAUUGAUCAUCCCAGUUGAAUCCAGUAUGGAGGGAAAUCGGCACAACUUUGCAGCCUUUUUACAUGGUGCGAUUGGUGUUUUGACUGUGAUUCUUGGUGGAUUUGGGGUUCUGGGUUAUCUUCGAUUCGGUGAAGAGCUUAACCAGAUGCUAAAUACUAACAUUCCGGCUUCCAGCUGGGUGUCUGUAGCUGUCAAUAUCUGUGCAAUCCUAGGAGUUCUGUUAACAUUCCCUCUGCAGAUUUACCCAGUGAUAGAAAUGUGUGAAAUUUUUCUUUUUUCAGAAGGGGCUUGUUGUGGACCAAAAAAGAAGAAUUCCCUUCUUGAUGAUGAUGAGGAGGAGGAUGGUAAAGAGUCCCUGCUCCCAGACUCCUCAGAUAAAACAUCAGCUGUUCUUCCUAUCAGUGUGGCAGCUCACAUAUCCAAGUCGGUACCAACUUGGAGGAGAAAUGUCUUACGAAUGCUGAUUGUGUUGACAGCUACAGGACUGGCUGUUAUAUUUAGAAAUAGUUUUGCUCUAGUAGCAGCAUUUACAGGUGCCAUAGGAAGCUCUAUGCUGGCCUACAUUCUGCCAUGUUUAUUUCAUCUUAAAUUGUGUCACAGAGAUCUGUCCUGGUUCAUCUGUAUCAAAGACACCUCUAUCAUUGUCCUGGGAAUUCUGUGUAGUGCUGUUAGUCUUUACUCGGUCAUCAUACAGCUGGUCAAAAACACAACAGUUUAGUCUUUCAUUUUGUAUACAGGAUUCUCUGAAUACAUUGU